AUGGCAGCUCUGUCUCCCAUUCUUGCCAAGGACUCUGUGUUUGAAUCUUCCGAUCCGAUCGUGUCCAAAUGCUGCAUCGGCGGACUGCUCUCUCUGACUUUCGCGACUCAAAGAGCUCACGCUCGGGCGCGCGAGAAGCGACAAACACCCAAUGAGUAUCUCCUGCAAGAAGUCCGAAACAGCCAAACACAGGCUACGCCCGCUCCUGCGGAAGGCAUUCGAGAACUUGAUGAGAGAGUCCUGCGCUGUGUCCAGUCCUUGAACUCGACUUAG